ACCUAAGCGAAUAUGUAAAAAAUGAAAACAUCAAAAUAGUUCUUGUUUCCUCACAUUUGCUGAUAAAUUAAAUGUGUUGUCUGCUUUUUGUCGGAAACAAAAUACGUUGUGUUGUAGUAGACGCGCAGUGAAACGAAGCAAAUAAUAGUAAAAGUAAUAAGUAAACGUGUACAAAUUAAAACAACAUUGUGUAAAACGUUUUCGCAAUUGUUUAGCAAUAAAUAAGGUGGAAAGUUGUACAUUAUUCAAGAGAGAGUGGAAAUUUUAUGAAUGGAGCAAAGUGAAGAACUAAACGGCAGUCUGGAUCACGGCAGCAACGUCAUAGCUUCUGUUCCCAGAGUGAUGGCAAUGCGCGACGAUGCAAAUGCAGCAGUAAUUGUGCCAUUCGAGGUUGAACCGAAUUCGCAAUUGCCUACUACGUCAGUGGCUGCAACAUCAAGUGUAUCAAUAACAACAACAACAAUGGGAGAAAACGCUACCGCAGCUGAUGCCGUAAUCGAUCUAUGCAACACCAGCCCAACCCCUUCUACAUCUAAGACAGCUGCUACUGCUGCUGCGUCAAUUAUAAAUGUGGAUAGCAGUCCGGAGGAGCAAUCGCCUAAUGAUGAAGAUGUUGCAGGACCUUCAGCGGCAAUCGAGUGCCCAAUAUGCCUACAAACAUGUAUACACCCAGCGCGCCUGCCAUGUGGACAUAUCUUUUGUUUCCUAUGCGUGAAAGGCGUGGCCUACAAAAAUCGACGUUGUGCUAUGUGUAGACGUGAAAUACCGCCCGAAUUUCUAGACCAUCCCGAUUUGGUGAAUGGUAUCGAUGAUAUUUGCGCUACAAAAUCCACCGAAGACGGUUAUCAGUGGUUCUACGAGGGACGUAAUGGUUGGUGGCAGUACGAUGAUCGUACCAGUCAGGAUAUUGAGGAGGCUUUUAAGAAGGGUGAAAAAUCCUGCAUCAUAUUAGUGGCUGGCUAUGUCUACGUAGUCGAUCUGGAAACAAUGGUGCAACAACGUCAAAAUGAGCCGAGUCGUUGUCGACGCGUUAAACGUGAUCUGGCUACAAUACCUAAAAAAGGUGUAGCUGGCCUACGUAUCGAAGGCAACACCGUCAUAACCGAUUCGAAUUUCGCUUCACAAAUCUAUCAGCAACAACAGCAACAAAGUAUAGCUGUUGGUCUGGGUGCUUCCAAUACGCCAACAGAUUCCUCUUCCGAUCUCAGUUUACCACUCAAUUAUUAUAGCAUGCGGCAUCCAGCCAAUGCAAGUGAUUUCAUCUCGACCAUUGCCGCCACCGAUGCCGCAAUACGCAUUGCCAGCGACAUAAUUGGCUCAACGUUGGCGCAUGCCGAUGAGUUGUCGCGCAACACCGCCGCAGCAGCAAAUACAGCAUCAGCACAACAACAACAACAGCACACCGACGAUGUCAAUAUCGUGCAACGCAUGAGUGGUGAGAAUACAGGGACUUACAGUGGCAGCUAUGCAACAACGGGUAACGGCACGGCUGGUACAUCCACGUCAUCCAGUUUAACGAGCGGCGGCAGCGUUGCCGCUGCGGCGCUUGUAGCGCAUGGUAGUCGCGAGUUGCUUGAUGCAGCUGAAGAUCUGCUGGAUGCGACACAGAAUGUGAUCUCCGAAGCCGAUCAGCAGACAAUCGAUCUGUUUGAGCAGACAUUGAACGAUUUCCAUGCGUUGACAUUACGCAACAUCAUCGACUCGGACAGUGACGAGGAAAAUGGUGGUGACGUGGACGGCCGCUACGCGCAGCGUCAUAUACGCUUCUAGAAGUGCGCAGGGAAAUGCGUUAGACGCAAUUGAGCGCCCUCACACACACAGCCAUAUACAGAUAAACCCACAAAAAACAAAAUAAUUCACAAACUAAUGCACAUACAUAUGUUUGUCAUUGUUGUUUAGGGAAGUGUGCAUUUACAUUAAAAGUAUUCGGCAGGACGCUUUGUACAUACGAUUAGUAUAACGGAAGUGUAUGCAGUCGAUGUAUAAGCGUAAUAGUUACACCAACGUUUGUAUGUAUGUAUGUGCCUGUAUGUUUAAUAUGUACUAAGAAUCACUUGAAAACCGAAAAUUCUAAGAUCGCUUAAAAAAACUAAAAAAUAGUUUAGGACUGCAAAAGGAAAGCUAAAACAUACUUGAGUUAAGAGUAAGCGCAAAAAUUUAUUAUUGUAGGAAAAUAGGCAUUAUUAAUGUAAAUAUAGAUAAUAUAAAGCUCAGCAAUGAGACGGCAUUAAAAACUGUAAGAUAUGUACCUGGUAAACGCAAAUCUAUAAAUUCUAUAUGAGCCUACAUUUUUCAGGUCGGGUUGUUCUAGUUCUAGCAAAACUCACAGAUGAAUAGUUUAGAUAAAGCAGAAUGCAAAAUGCAAAAAUAGUAGGAAAAGCACAUAAAAUAUUUGAAUGUGACUUGGCAAAUAGAAACGUAUGGAAAACUCUUGAAGAGCUCAUUAAAAAUAUUCUAAAUAUGUAGCUAACAACUAAAACUAAAUAUAAUCCUAUAAUGAAAACAUGUAGAAAAUAGUGCAGUUUAGGGAAUAAGAAAAAACGCCAAUUAUCUUAUGUUAUGAAUUAAUGCUUCCGAUAGAUAUUUUCUCCAAAUUACAUAUAAAAUGAUCUCUAAAAUGAACAAUAAAAGUAAUUAGUAUUAGCAGUCGCAGUCGGCUUUUUCUGGUGCAAUUUAGAUUUUUUUGUUUCUUUUAAAUUGCGAAAUUGCAUCGUAACUGCAAUUUAUAUUAAUAUAUAUUAUUUUUGGAAACAAAUUGGCUCCCGAAACUAUCUUUUGUUUAUUUAUUUAUUUAAAAAAAUCGAAAUUUGAAUCCUAACCUCAAAGUUCGUAACAUAAUUCCUAUUAAUAUUUUUGUUUUCUUUGCAAAAAAGUUAAAAAGUUAAUUUAAUUCCGAAUGAUAUAACGGUUUUCAUUUUGCUUAGUAAUUUUGUAAAAUUGUUAAAGUUGUAUAUUGACUAUAAAUAGUGGAUACGAUUAUUUUUGAUGCUUCUCGAUGAUAAGCCUUAUUAUAUACACUGAUCGAAAAGAAAUGAAGUGUAAAUACUCAUUUUAUAAACAUUAUUGAAGUUUUCUAAAGUCUUAAAUUUUAAAAUCAAUCAUUUGCAAUAUUUUGAAGUCCUUUAUAUGCCCAAGUCAAUUAUAUAAUGACGUAACAAGUUAUUUUUUUGACAAUAUUUUGUGGAAAUACUGGAGUUGGAAUACCCUGGUUACGCGGUAUUCGAAUUUCAGUGACUUAGCCGUAGAAGAAUUACUGUUAUAGAGCACUUAGGCGUUGAAAAAGUCAAGUUCAUUAAAGCAUUUUAGAAUUUCUUUGCUAAUAUGAAAAGUAAAAGCAAAUAAAUUUUUAUUAUUCUUGCAAUAUCGAUUCCUUCAAGUAAUUUUUUAUACUUCAGUUUAAUAACUUCAAGUAAAAUAAAGGCUUUAAUACAUUCAAAAAAAUUGCUUCAAAAUUUGUGGCGUUAAGACAAAGUGCAUUAUUAAACUUUGCAUUUUUUAUUACAUAAGUUGGCGUUAGGCUUUCAAAAAUUUUUCAAAAACUUCAUUUAAUGAAUUAAUUUUCAACUUUUCAACCAAAACUGAAAGCGCUUUUACGCUCGUUAUUAAUGAAUAUAACUACAUACAUACAUAUAUACAAACAUUCUACAAAUAAACAUAUACACUAUAAUAUUAGUUAAAAAUACCAAUUUAAUAUAUAUAAUGAACACCACUACAUACAUAUAUUAGCUAGCUAUAAAUAUCGUGAUUAUAGUAAUUGCCAAGUGCUUAGUAGUAGGAAUAAUAUUAGAACUACCAGUAAUGUUAAUACUAAGUGUUAGGUGAUACAAAGGAUGUAUACUUAA